AUGCAACUUCGCUCCUUUCUCGUCACCAGUAUCUGGGUGGUGGGCUCUUUGGCCUCACCGGUCCCGAAGACUGGCGACUCCUCGCAAAAGCAACUGUCCAACGCGCCCAAUUCUCGUCCCUCUUUUCCCACUGUGACCGGCCAUGAGAUCCACCUGCCGUGUCUUCAAUGUUCUCCAGAGGAUGACAAGGGCCUAGUUGACAACAGAACCUCGACAUCCUUUGUGGCAAUGAACCUCCGAACCGAACACAAUGCCCUCCUGGUCAAUAACGUCAGCGUCUUCCCCGCCGGAUACCCCAUGCAACUUCCAGUCCAGAUGCACCACGACGGCAACAUUGACAGCGCUACUGUCGAGACCGUCCUCCUGACCUACGGGGUGGACAUCGAAUACCUCCCACCGAGGGUCGACUCCCCGGUGGGCGACAUGUAUUUCGUGGAGGUCAAGUUCUUCGAUCCCACCGGUCGCCCCGCCACCGCAAGCGUAAUCCACGUCCGCCUGUCUCGCGACGCUGACGAAGACGACCUCUCGAUCUCCCAAAUUAUCAUCGAGCCGCUCCUCGACUACCAUGCGUCCCACGGCCACGGCAACAAGGUGUGGCACGCCCAGUACUGGAAGAUGCUGGUGGGCAAGUACAAGUCCUGGCGCAAGGAGCAGAAGAAGGCCCUCCACAAGAGUUUGCAUGCGACGCCGGAGGUCCACGUCUCCUGCGGUGAUAGACCCUGCAUUCGUCCCUACAACACGGUCGUCGCAACUGAUGGGGAGGGACAUCGCCGCCACCACAACGACGAGAGCAAGUCCCCGUUUGCCGUGGCUGGCCCGUCGAUGGACGCCUACGUGCACCACCACCGUUCCAACCCCAACUUCUGGCGUCUCAUCAUUCCGGCGAUGGUGCCUGCGUUGCUAGGGAUGGUCGCGGGGUUGGUCGUUUGUACUACUGGGGUGGUUGUCUGGAAGAUUAUCGCGUGUGCGCUGGCUCGGUGCGUUGAGAAGCGGGCCAAGAGAUGUGCACGUGGCGGCGGGUGCUGUAGGGGCCUGAGACAAGCGGUGUCAGAGAAGCAGCAGCUUCUGGCUCGGGAAAUGGGGGCUAAUUGCGAUGUGUAG